AUGGGGAAGUUUUCCAAGCUUGUUGGGUUGUUUGCUGUGAUGUUUGUAGUGGUGCUAGCAAUAGCUGAGUGUCGCAAACUUGAGAAAGAAACAUUCACUGACGGCGGUUUAGGUGGUGGUGCUGGCGGGGAAUUCGGUGGGGGUGUAGGAGGCGGAGGCGGUGCAGGUGGUGGAAUUGGAGGUGGCAAAGGUGGCGGUGUAGGAGGUGGUGCUGGGGGAGGUGCUGGAGGUGGAGUUGGUGGUGGUGGCAAAGGCGGCGGUGUAGGAGGUGGAAUUGGAGGUGGCAAAGGUGGCGGUGUAGGAGGUGGUGCCGGGGGUGGUGCCGGAGGUGGUGCUGGUGGGGGCUUUGGUGGUGGCAAAGGCGGCGGUGUAGGAGGUGGAUCCGGGGGUGGUGUAGGAGGCGGAGUUGGUGGUGGAAGUGGAGGUGGUGUUGGUGGAGGAGCAGGCGGUGGUGCUGGUGGCGGUGCGGGAGGAGGCUUUGGAGGUGGCAAAGGCGGUGGAGGUGGUGUUGGUGGUGGUGGUGGUGCAGGUGGAGGUGCUGGUGGAGGCUUUGGGGGUGGGAAAGGUGGUGGUGUUGGAGGAGGAGUUAGCGGCGGAGGUGGUGCAGGUGGUGGUGCUGGUGGAGGCUUUGGGGGUGGCAAAGGCGGCGGUGUAGGAGGAGGAACUGGCGGCGGUGCUGGUGUUGGUGGAGGAGCAGGCGGUGGUGCUGGUGGCGGUGCGGGAGGAGGCUUUGGAGGUGGCAAAGGCGGUGGAGGUGGUGUUGGUGGUGGUGGUGGUGCAGGUGGAGGUGCUGGUGGAGGCUUUGGGGGUGGGAAAGGUGGUGGUGUUGGAGGAGGAGUUAGCGGCGGAGGUGGUGCAGGUGGUGGUGCUGGUGGAGGCUUUGGGGGUGGCAAAGGCGGCGGUGUAGGAGGAGGAGCUGGCGGCGGUGCUGGUGGUGGUGGAGGAAUUGGCGGUGGAUUUUAA